AUGUCAACUCCGGAAGUACUACCAGUCUCCGAGUCCAAAAGAUGGAAAUAUCUCGACAAUGUCCGAACACGGCCAGGUGCGUUCGUGGAUCCGGAUGAGUUUGACGGCUCAACGGUGGUGGACAACAUGAACAAAAUCAAGAUCUUAGUCAUCGGAGCAGGAGGACUUGGGUGUGAGAUCCUCAAGAACCUCGCUCUUUCUGGGUUCAAGGACAUUUCCGUCAUUGACAUGGACACUAUUGACAUUUCCAACCUUAACCGCCAGUUCCUCUUCCGCCACGCGGACGUAGGGAAAUUCAAAGCCGAAGUAGCUGCCAAGUUUGUUGAGAGGAGGGUAAAAGGUGUCAAGAUCAUGCCGUAUAACUGCAAGAUACAGGACUUCGAUGAGGACUUCUACCUGCAGUUUCAGAUUGUUGUCUGCGGACUGGACAGCAUCGAGGCACGCCGAUGGAUCAACGCCACCCUUAUCAACAUGGUAAACCCCGAAAACCCGGACAGCAUGAAACCUCUGAUCGACGGCGGCACCGAGGGCUUCAAGGGCCAAGCCCGCGUCAUCCUGCCGACCAUGGGCUCCUGUAUCGAAUGUCAGCUUGACAUGCACGCCCCGCGAGCCGCCGUUCCUCUCUGCACUCUGGCCAGCAUCCCUCGCCAGCCGGAACACUGCAUCGAAUGGGCUCACGUCAUCGCCUGGGACAAGGAGAAGCCGUUUCCACAGCUGGACAAGGACGACCCGGAGCACAUCACCUGGCUCUACCAGAAGGCCCUCGAGCGAGCAAAGGAGUUCAACAUCUCGGGCGUCACGUACUCUCUGACGCAGGGCGUGGUGAAGAAUAUCAUCCCGGCCAUCGCCGCCACAAACUCGGUCAUCGCCGCGGCCUGCUGCAACGAGGCGCUCAAGAUCGCGUCCAGCUGUGCACCCUUUUUGGGCACCCCCGGCGACGGCGAGCCCAACUAUAUGAUGUAUUCCGGCAACGACAGCAUUUACACGUAUACCUUCAAGCACGAGCAAAAGGAGGAUUGUCCCGUGUGCGGCAUGACGACGAGGGUGCUCAAGGUCAACCCCAAGUGGACGCUCGAGGAGCUCAUCGAGUCGUUCGCCGCCUUGCCCGAGGCCCAGCUGAAGAAGCCGUCAGUCCGCGCGGAAGGAAAGACACUGUACAUGCAGUUGCCUCCGAGCUUGGAGGAGCAGACGAGGCCGAACUUGAGCAAGACACUUGAGGAGCUUGGAAUGACGGCAGGUACUGAGAUCGCCGUUACUGAUCCAGCUUUUGUAGGAGUGGUGUUCAACUUUAGCCUCAAAUUUACAUGA